GUUGGGCCAUUAUGUAACUUCCAUACAUUUGACAGAUUCAGAGGGGCAGAUCCUAUUCCCUCCGGGAAUUCCAAUCUGAGAGGGAGAUGACCACGGAAGUGAAAGCUCAGACCAUCGCCAAGCAAGCCAUGAAGAACCAUGAGCACUAUUCUGGUUACAAACAGAGAACAGCGAAAAAGUCGAGGUCAGAGGUCCAGCAGUCAAAAAUGGCAAAGAAGAUGGAGAAGUAUGCCUGUUCCGUGGCACAACGUGAAAUGAAGACGAACCUUGACAACUUAGCUCUGAGAAACCAGAUCGUGGAGGACAUGGGCAAGAUGUACGACGGCCAUUGGAACUGCCUUGUCAUCGUCGGGAACAAGAACGACACCUGCUCUUUCUCGAGGGCGGAAACUCCAACCUUCCACUACAAGCACGAAGAAAGAUGCGUUACAAUAUGGAGAAGCUUGUGAUUCUUGGCAGAGGUAUGGAAAUGAAAGUUGGUUUUAAGUGAUCUCUCCUUGCUUUCUUGGCAUAAGAUGAGGUCCUCCAAGAUGUAUUAACGUCUACCCUUAACCCUCUUAAUCCGUGUGGCUUCAAAAUAACAAUAAUUCUUUUGAAGUAAUUCGCAUUAGCACGAGGAUUUGUGUGAUUUAUGUGGUUAUGAAUUAUUAUUACUUAGUGUAUUAAGUCGCUUCGUAAGUGUGCCCAUGUUAUUAAAUAAAUAAAAGAAUGUAUUUCCCCGU